AUGUCCGACGGCUUCGAUGAUCUCGACGACGAACUUCUCGGCCUCGGCGGAGGCGACGACCACUCAGAAGCCUCUGAAGGCCACCACUCGGAUUCCGAGUCUAAGGCCGUAACGAAACAGGCGUCUGGCGCCUUAUCCGGCGACGAGUCCGAGGGUGCCAUCAGUGACAGCACCGUAGGAAGCCAGUCGAAAAAGAGGAAGGUGACGGCAGUGGUGACAUCCCCGUCGCCACCCAGGGUCGGCGACGAUGACGACGAUGACGGCGAAAUUGGUGGUGGCAUCAGUGGGAAAGGAGGAGCAGGAGGAAGGAAAAGGCCUUCUCCUGGAGAGGAUGAAGGUAGUCCGCCGAAGAAGAGAGCGAAGGGGCCGGCAACGGGUGGAAGGAAGGGGAAGAAGAGAAGGGGCAGUGACGAUGAGGAUGAUGAUGAGAAUGAUGAUGGGUCCCUCUCAGACACCCCAUCCUCGGCUAUCGUCAGCGAGCCAAUUUCCAGCGAUGAUGAGAUGGCGGACUCUCCCGCCGACUUGUAUCCCUACGAUGGGAUCUACAAGUCGGCGGCCGAGAAGGCCCAGGUUGAGAACUUCAACCAGCUCCAAAGGGAGCAGUUUAUUGCAGAGAGGAAGGAGGAGGUCGACAAGUACCGUGAAAACGAGCAGAUGGUGAACUUGGCUCGUCGCAAGAAGUUGGCUUUGGCCAAGAAGAAAAAGAGGGCUGCUGACGAUGAAGACUACGAUGACUCCCUCCACGCGUCUGCUGGAGCUCGACGCUCCACCCGUGGCGAUUCCUCCGCCAAGAAGUCUGCUGACUCAAAGAAGAACGCUUCCUUGUCAGCAUUACGCCAGAAGCGUGAUGAGAAACACGCUCGCAAGGCCGGUGGUGGUGAUGCUGACCGUCCCAAGAAGCGUCGUGAUCCUAUCUCUGAGGGAGAGGACGAAGAAAGCGACAACGAGCAUGACGAUGCCAAGUGGGCGGCAUCACAAGAGAAGCAAUCCGCCCCAACUCGGAAGGGGAGUGAGGAAGCAACUUUCGAUGAGGUUAAGUUGCUGAUGGUUACCCGAAACACUAUCACGAAAUAUUGGACUUAUCCUAAUUUCGAAACCGCUACUGCCGGUUGUUUCGUACGAGUUUCCAUCGGCAACCAUCCCGAUACUGGCAAGCUUAUCUAUCGCUUGUGCCAAAUUAAAGAUUGGCAGGACUCGAAGUCUAUUUACGAAGUCUCGAGCGGAGACCGUACUAUCAAGUUUAGGCGCAAUGCCAUUAUCGCUACUGGUGCUGCUGAAAAGCCAACACGUGUCGAUGUCAUUUCGGACAGCCAUCCCACCGAGGACGAGUGGCGUUGGUACAUUGGCGCUAUGGAGGUAGCUAAGCUCAAGCGACCAGAUGUCGCCUUUAUCGAGCGCAAGCGCAAAGAUGUCAAAAAUCUUAUUACACAUCAGCUUACUAAUGAGGAUUUCGAUGCCAUGCGGCGCAUGAGAACCUCGUACUAUCCUGAUGAUCCUGUUAUCCCCAAUCUCGAUCUUCCGUCUCUCAAACGUCGCCGCCAGCAACUCGUUGACGAAGGCGAUGAACCCGAGAUUCUCCGUAUCGACCGUGAGCUUGAAUGGCGUGCUCCACCCAGAGCUCUUACCGCAGCUCUAAGUCGACCGACCCAACUCGAUGUUCUAGGCCAAAUCAACAAGCGCAAUCGUGAAACAAAUCGUCAAGAUAUCCGUAAAGCCCAGAUCGAAGAGAAGAAGCGUAACGAGAUAGCAGCUCGUAUGGCGGCCGAGAACGGCGAUUCAAGCUUUAUGGAUCCCUUUGCUCGUGUCAAGACACACGCCAAAAUCUAUCACAACGAAAAACCGAAGGAUAAGGACGGUGAUGUUGACGAUCUGUUUGAAGAUGAUGGCGAUAAGGAGAAGGAAAAACAAAAGAACGGAGGGGGUGCCGGACUUGGGAAGACCGAUAGUAAGGUUCCUCAAGUUAAGGUCCCACAAAAUAAGGGCAUUGACGCCGCCAUCGCUAGUAUGGAUUUGGAGUUUGAUAUCGACUUUUCUGAUAUAUAG